ACUCGUGGAAUGGAAAGGGUUUUUUUUAAGAAAAGAAGUGACUCUGUACUCCGCUGAUUAUCUCUGGACACUCUCCACCCUAGUCGGCGGCGGCGAUUACGUCCUCCACCAACUCCGGUUGCUAGUUUUACACUUUCAGUCUCUCUCUCUGUCACUGUGUUCCCUUGGUGAUGUACGUAGGGAAAACCGGAAGAGAGGAUGGCUACUAAUGGCCUGAAGAGUAUGGUUGCUGCAGCAGUCAAUAUGGGAGUGACAGAAGCAAGGGCAAGGAUAUUUGGUCACAUACUUAACCCAACAGGUCAACGAUCUACCCACAAGCUUCUGCGCAAAAAACUCAUUGGUGACAAAGUAGCACAGUGGUAUCCAUAUGACAUCAAGAAGGAUGAUCCUCUUGUCAUGGCUCGCCAAGAACAAGAGCGCUUGUCCAAGCUUGAAAUGCUAAAGCGUCGUGGUAAGGGACCACCUAAGAAGGGCCAAGGUAGGCGUGCAGCCAAGCGCAACAAGUAGAGUCAAUGACAGUGGAAUUGUUCCUGCCAGUUAUUUUUGUUGUUUUUUUCUUAGCAAGUUUAGCUUAUGGACCAGGUUCGUCAUGGUUGUAAUGACUUCUUUUCAUUAUGAUCAAUUUUUUCUAUGAAUGUAAUUUGUCCGAGCAAAUUAAUACAUACUAGAAAUCAGCACACAAUGCAUAAUGUGGAAACGAAAAGCAUUAAACAGAACAA